AUGUCCGGCGACGGUCAAGCCGAACGUGCCGAGACUCGCCGCCGGAGCUCACGUAUCUCCCGGGCAUCUCUGAGCGGGGACUACAACAGUCUGGACGAGUAUGGCAAGCUUGUCAAGUACGUUUCGACGUUCCGGGAUGCUGCGGCGGAUCAACAACAGGGCGAAUUGGUCGAGAAACGAGUCUGGUAUGCCCCGUGGAAGAAGCAUCAGGUCCGCGUCAAAAAGGUCGAGGGGGAGGUUGGCAAGUUUCCCGAUGAUUGGACCAUGACGGAUGUCCGAGAGGGGCUUUCUAGCCAUGAAGUGCCAAUCCGUCGGCGUCGGGCUGGUUGGAACGAGAUGACAUCCGAGAAGGAAAAUCCUAUUGCUAAGAUUCUUUCUUACUUCCAAGGACCAAUUCUCUACGUCAUGGAAUUGGCUGUUCUGCUUGCUGCUGGUCUAGAGGACUGGAUUGAUUUUGGUGUGAUCAUUGGUAUCCUGUGUCUGAACGCGGCAGUGGGCUGGUAUCAGGAGAAGCAGGCUGCGGAUAUUGUUGCGAGUCUCAAGGGUGAUAUUGCCCUGCGUGCGCAGGUCAUUCGUGACAGUACUCAACAAGAAUGUCUUGCUCGGGAGUUGGUUCCAGGCGAUGUAGUCAUCGUCGGUGAAGGUCAAGUCGUGCCUGCGGACUCCAGAGUCAUCUGUGAUGUCAAGGAUGAACAUGGCUGGGAAGAGUUCAACCAGCUUCAAGAGCAGGGUAUGCUCGGUGGAGGGUCCGAGUCUGAUGAAGAGGAAGACCCAACCAAUACCGAUAAGGGUAAGGGCGAAGACGGAGAAGGCGGAGAAGGCGAGAUCAAGGCCAAGGAAAAAGACGAACACCAGGCGAAGAAGGCUCGCAGACGUGGCUAUCCUAUUUUAGCUUGUGAUCACUCUGCUAUCACGGGCGAGUCGCUAGCUGUGGAUCGUUACAUGGGAGAUAUGAUCUUCUAUACAACUGGCUGUAAGCGUGGCAAGGCCUAUGCUGUCGUUCAAACGCCUGCGACCACUUCCUUCGUUGGCCGCACUGCAACUAUGGUGCAAUCUGCUAAAGGCGCUGGUCACUUCGAACUUGUCAUGGACAAUAUUGGAACAUCUCUCUUGAUUCUCGUUAUGGCCUGGAUCCUUGCUGCAUGGAUCGGUGGAUUCUUCCGUCAUAUUCCUAUCGCUUCACCUGGUCAGCAGACUUUGCUUCACUACACUCUGUCUUUGUUGAUCAUUGGUGUACCUGUCGGUUUACCUGUUGUGACCACUACCACCAUGGCUGUCGGUGCUGCCUAUCUGGCAAAGAAGAAAGCUAUUGUGCAAAAGCUGACUGCAAUUGAAUCCCUGGCCGGUGUCGAUAUUCUGUGUUCGGAUAAGACGGGUACACUCACGGCAAACAAACUGAGUAUUCGUGAUCCUUAUGUAGCUGAAGGCGUCGACGUGGACUGGAUGUUUGCCGUUGCUGCUCUCGCGUCAUCGCACAAUAUUGAAUCUCUCGAUCCGAUUGAUAAAGUGACAAUUUUGGCGCUUAGACAAUAUCCAAGAGCACGAGAAAUCCUGCGACGGGGUUGGUCAACCGAAACUUUCACGCCCUUUGACCCGGUUUCAAAACGCAUUGUCACUAUUGCCACCUGUGACGGUAUUCGGUAUACCUGCACCAAAGGCGCUCCGAAAGCCGUGCUUCAAUUGACAAGCUGCUCUAAGGAGACAGCUGACUUAUACAAGGCCAAAGCCCAAGAAUUUGCGCAUCGAGGCUUCCGCUCUCUCGGUAUUGCUGUUCAGAAAGAAGGCGAAGAUUGGGCUCUGCUUGGAAUGCUCCCUAUGUUUGAUCCGCCCCGAGAAGAUACCGCUCAAACUAUCAGCGAAGCGCAGAAUCUCGGUAUUAGCGUGAAGAUGCUUACCGGUGAUGCUAUUGCUAUUGCGAAAGAAACCUGCAAGAUGUUGGCUUUGGGUACUAAGGUGUAUAACUCAGACAAGCUAAUCCACGGCGGUUUGAGCGGUGCCAUGGCUAGUGAUCUCGUUGAAAAAGCAGACGGCUUUGCCGAAGUGUUCCCGGAACACAAAUACCAAGUCGUACAAAUGCUACAAGAACGAGGGCACUUGACCGCUAUGACCGGCGAUGGUGUAAAUGACGCACCAUCUCUCAAAAAAGCCGAUUGUGGCAUCGCCGUCGAAGGUGCCUCGGAAGCCGCUCAGUCCGCAGCAGACAUCGUGUUCCUCGAGCCUGGUCUUUCAACUAUCAUUGACUCUAUUAAGGUCGCACGUCAAAUCUUUCACCGCAUGAAGUCAUAUAUUCAAUACCGCAUUGCACUCUGCUUGCACCUUGAGAUCUACCUCGUGACUUCGAUGAUCAUCCUCAAUGAAAGCAUCCGUGUGGAGCUUAUUGUCUUCCUGGCAUUGUUCGCCGAUCUUGCGACCGUUGCAGUUGCCUAUGACCAUGCAUCAUUCGAGCUGCGACCUGUGGAAUGGCAACUUCCCAAAAUCUGGGUCAUUUCCUGCCUUCUUGGUGUGCUUCUCGCCAUGGGUACGUGGGUUAUCCGAGGAAGUAUGUUCCUGAAGAACGGAGGCAUUAUCCAAAACUGGGGAUCUAUUCAAGAGGUCCUCUUUUUGGAAGUGGCACUCACAGAGAAUUGGCUAAUUUUCGUCACUCGCGGCAUCGACACAUGGCCAUCAAUCCACCUGGUAGUCGCUAUCCUCGGCGUCGACGCUUUGGCUACGAUCUACUGUCUGUUCGGUUGGUUUACCAACCAAACCAUGCCAACCAAGCCCGCAGACCAUUUUGUUGAGACCACAAAUGGCUGGACCGAUAUCGUCACUGUUAUUCGAAUCUGGGGUUAUUCGCUUGGUGUUUCGAUUGUUAUCGCUCUAGUAUACUUCAUCUUGAACAAGAUUGAGUGGCUCGAUAAUCUGGGUCGUUCCAAGCGCGACAAGGGUGAGAUCAGAAUUGAGAACCUGCUUGCUCACUUGUCUCGUGUUACGGUUGAGUACGAGGAAUCGGGCGCCACGAAGGGCCGGUUCUCCUUGGCUACAACCAAGGAGGAGGAGGAGGCUGAGUGA